AUGGGGCGUUUUUGUCUUGACAGUCUUGAACAGAGCGAGUUGCGCGCUAUGGACUUUGACACCCUUGUAAAUGAUACAGCUGAAAUGGAUCGGCUGCACGACCCCGUUGGCUUCCGAACCCGAGAGCUCUGGACGUGUGAACGCCGACCCGACGGUCGCACGGUCGACGAACCGCGACCCACCCGGGGCUGUGGCUGGCUUCUCGGUAGUCGUGAGCGGGGCUCGUGCCCUGUCGUCCAAGUGAGUCACGGGAACUCUAAGGUGCUCGUUAGCGCUCGACCUGCAACUACAUGGCGAGUAACGGUGCAAGUUCCCGGUUUGUGUUACGGCCGAAGCUGCACACACAAGGCUAUGGAACUAACUGAAUACCUCGAGAAGCUCGUUUAUCCGAUAAUCGAGCAGUGCUACGCCUCUGAGCCUCGCGGGUAUAAUGUGGACGUUUGGUGCUGGGAACUGGAACUUAGCGUGCUCGACGAAGACGGAAGUUUGCACGAUGUGUUCCUGGAAAGCAUUCAGCAGAUACUACCGCGCUGUAUCGAAGCGCGUCAAGAGCACCAUGAUGCACGCGAAGGACCCGAUUCGACAGGUGUCCAUACCGACGAGAGAAUAUGCUCCAUGAUCGCCAGGCUCCAUUCGCGUACGUUUCUGGUUGUGCAUCCGGACGCGCCACAAGACCUGGAUUCCCCAGGCGUGCGUCUGGUUGUAGAUCCAAGUGCCCUGGAGGAGCACACAGCCAGUACCCUAGUAACUGCCAUAUUCUACACCCAUGAGCCGAAAUCACAACCGGUGCUGUAUUUCCUGGAGUGCCGCGGGAGACCAUUAACAGCCGAUCAGCUCACUGCCGCGAUUCGCCAGGUAUCGGAAUCGCUGGUCCCGUCACAACGUUGA